UCAUUUUUUCUUUAUACAUCAACGAGUGAAAACGUGACGGGAAAUAUUUAAUUUUAUUUUAAGAAUAAAUUGAUUAAAAUCUAUAUUUAUCGUAAUGCCGUCUAGUGAAGUAAAUCAGUAUGAAUUAGCAUCUAGAUUAUUGUCUCUAACUGAAAAUACGUCCUACACAUUAACUCAAAUCAAUGGGCAAAGGAUUUACAGAAAAGCACCCCAUGCAUGGGUCGGUCCGGAACCUAUUAGGAAGUGUGAGGUUUUCAUUGGUCGCAUCCCACAUGACUGUUUUGAAGACACUUUAGUACCACUGUUCCAGCAGGCCGGCGAGCUAUUCGAGUUCCGCCUCAUGAUUAACUUUUCUGGUUGGAAUAGGGGGUAUGCUUUUGCUAUGUACACAACUCCAGCUGCCGCUAGCAAUGCUAUUUGCAUGUUUAAUAACUAUUUGAUUCGUCCAUCUUGGCAGCUUGGUGUGUGUCCAUCAGUGAAUAACUGUCGCAUCUUCAUAUCUCGCAUCCCGUCGACCACUUCCUCAAUAGAGAUAGUUCGUCUGCUCUAUGCUCUCACUGAAGAGGUACAUGAGGUGCGCAUCCGUCGCUCUGGUGGCGGUUGUGCUGCCAUAGUGGAGUAUAAGUCUCACCGCGGAGCUGCCAUGGCGAGGAAGGCUUUAGUGGCUGCCGCAUCUGCUGCUUGGGGCUCCGGUGCUCGUCCCGCCGUAGACUGGUCGCUACCUCAAUCGCCGCACUUGUUGCGACAAUACCGUGAGGUUGGUCGCUGGACGCCAGAGCGCGGUGUGGAAAUUUACCAACUGCGGGAUGAGUUGGUUCCUGCUGCGACCGCGUCGUACACGCUUGAGCGCUGGUCUCAAACUAGGCGUCUCCUCAUGAUAUACGAAGCUCAGCGUGCCAGGAGCGCACCAAAUCUCGCUCCGGUCGCAGACCCGAUUCCCGCUCCUCAAAAAAGCAUACAAAUACCACUCCAGGAUGAAGCUUGUGGCCCGGAGAUUAAUCAAAACUAUGGACUUAUUAAUAACUGGUCUCAUUCUUUGGGCAAUGUAACAUCCAAUAUGGGGUCCUUGAAUCUCAAUGGAACAUAUAACUCUUGGAAGGAUGGGGGGGCCACAGAGAACAAAACUCUGGACUACAAUCCUUGGACUACUCAGCAUCCACUGCGAGACCCACGCGACAAGAAGCCACAGGAGUGAAUAGCUUUGCCACGGGUAACUGUGUAAUACAUGCCUGUCAUGUGGGUAUAAGCAUGGCCAAAAUUUUAUGUUAUGCAACUUUAGUUUGCAUUCAGAUUGCCUGUUUGGGGAAAAAUAUUAUUUAUUACCUUAUUUAUUGCAUGGGAAAAAUGCUUAUUGAAUGAAUCUCUGAAGUAGGAGCUAAACUGGAUAAUCUGAUCUGAAAAUUGGUUGAUACAGCUUGUAACAUCAGCCUGUUUUAUUAACAUUCUUUCUUAAAAAAUCUACUUAUUUUAAGAAUUUGGUGUUUAAUAAUUGGGGUUUUUUAUGAGUCAAACUAAUUAAUCAAAUGCUUAUAAAUUUUUAACAUCAAUUUAAUUUUAUUGUAAUUUUUUAACAAUCAUUGUCAUAAUAUUGCAUUGAUAUAAGAUGAAAUUGUUUAAUUUUGUAUUAGACAGUUACCCAUUUGGCUAAUUUUUCUUUUUUUGUGCAUGAAUUAUCAAUUUUAUUAGUUUUAAGGCCAAUCCGUACACUUUUUAGUUUUGAUUAUAUGAAAAGAUAAAACUAUAUUAAAAAGCGAAUAUAAGAGUUAUUAAUAACUUGUAUACAAAUUUUUAACCAUUUGCAUAGUGCCUUUUCAAUAUAGCUUACAUAACUCUUUUUUAUAUUACAAAAGACAAAAGUAAAAUAUUUGUAUUUUUAUUAGGGAUAUUUUCUGUUCCCUAGAUUUAUGCUUGUGUAUGGAUUGGAUUAGAUUAGAUAAGGCUUUUGUGGUGUGAGGGAUAACUUACUAAUGCCUAAUAAUUUGUACUAACAGACUUCAACAAGAAUAUUUUACAAAAUAUUUAUUAAAAUAACAUAUAAAUAAUACCAUAGCAAUUAGAUAUAACUUAAAAUUUGAAAUUUUUACGUCAUAAAAUCAAGAUAGCCCAAUUUGGUAAGUACAAAGUAUUUUAAGUUACAUCAAUUUUUAAAUUGAAUACUAACAACGUCUAGGGAUCGUCUUUUCUUCAGCAAAUUAUGUGUUUUCGUAAUAAAAGUAUAGUAUCUCUUGCACCCACAUAUUUUAAGCUAUUUAAUUAUUAAUUUGAAUUAAAUGAUAGGAAUCUCGAUUAAUUUAUUAAAUUGCAGGAUUUUAUAAUUCAUCAAUAUAUAUUUUAAGACAUAUUUUAGAAUGAAUUAAGCACAGCAGACUAUAUGUCUAAUAUGUAUUUGCAAAAAUCUGCACCUUUUUUGAUGUUUUUUCAAUACAUUAUAGUUUACUAUAAGUUUUAAUCAGGGCCGACUUGAAUCAAUUUCAAACAUUUUCUUAGCCAGUUCAGCUUCAUGAAUUUGAGUUUAAGCUGAUUUUUUAUGAAUGAAAUUUGUCUUGCUGUGGGGAAUUAAUAGCAUGAUGAUUGAUAAAUUGAUUAAUAAA